AUGGCGGGGGAUUGUCGAGGCUCGGUCGUGGCACCUGGAAGAGUGUGGGUCCUUAACUUCACCUCUCUCACUUGGCAUCACCUGGAGGCGCCUCGCACCGCUGCCAGGGACGCUGCAGCACCUCCAGAGUCUUCCCGGGCAGGGGCAGAUCCGCCCCUCGCGCAAGCAGCGUCCACCAUCCCCUCAGCACCGGCGCCUCUGGAGGAUGCUUCCCCGAGGGCCGUCCCCGCGGCGCCCGAGCCUGCCCCGGUGGCCUUGUGCUCCUGGUCCAAGGGAAUCAUAGUGCUCUAUGCCCUCAACGGCUCCGCCACCACCUGGAUGUUCUCCGUCAAGACCGGCAAGUGGCUGGAGACCACGCACUCCAAGUUCCCUCCGGCAACAGCGGCCCUGGAGGCGAGCUGGUGCGGGGCCCGCCACGACGCCAUCUGGUUCCUGACGAGCAAGAGGCAGAAGACUGCUGGGCCGGUGCGCUCGAGCUCUGCCUCGGCCCAGGGAACGAGCCAGACUCUGUGGAAGCUGGACCACCUCGGCAAAUGGUCUCGCCACGAGGUAACGCAGACAAAGGGCGAGAGCCAUCUCGAGUCGCCGGCAACAGUUCUCCAGUCGUGGAGCGACGCCCGAGGAAACCUUUUCCUUCUGCAGGAGCACGAGGCUCCCGAGUCGAAAGUGAGCGUGGUCAGGUUCGACCCGAGUUCUGGGGAGAAGACUCUGACGAGCCUGAAGGGCGGCGCGUGGGGCGGCGCGUGGAUCCCGGGCUCCUCAGGGGAGCUGUACGCUCUCUUCCCCCGCGACGGAGCCUCCUGGGUCGCCACCUACGACUACUACUCCGGCGACGUGAUCAGCACGGAGAAGGCCACAGUGCCCGUGGCCUCGGAGAGCCUUUUCGUCAAGGUGGACGGCGUCAUCCACACGACCAUUCCUGCCUGCAGACACCUUCCCCCCAUUCCUACGCACCUGCAGGAGCCUUCGUCACCAGAUAUGAGGUUCAACCACAUCUCCCUGAGUCGCGUGUGCGCCCCAGGGGAAACAGACAUCCCCAUGGGGCGCCCCAGCCAGGGGGUCAUCCAGGGGCCCCGGAAGGCGGACGUCCUGAGCAACGUGCAAGCGCCGCCGAAGAACCGCUACGUGUCCGACUCUCGAGCCGCUGCGCCUGCGCAGGAGGCUUCCUCCAAUCACCUGGGUGCGGAGGGCGUAAAGGACAGCGCACCCACCACGACGCUGCAGGAUCACGGCGGGGAGCCCGGACUAUCCCGCACCACAGGGAAGUCCGCCGAUAUCAUCAUGGUGAGCGACGAUCAGGAAAUGCGGACGUGGCCGGUCGGUCCCCACCAGAUGAACAGGAGCCACACUCACGACUCCAUCAUCUUCUUCUCUCUUUCUCUCUCCAUCUUCGCUCUGGUUGGCAUCGUCGUCUUCGUCAGGCGGUGCGUGAGGUGUCCUCCCAGCCGCGGGCUCGGCGACGCCCCCGAGGACCGCGGGAAGCCUCCGUCGCCGCUGCCGGUCCUCUACAGCAUCGUGCCCGACGACCCCGCCUACGAGACCUCCGCCACCGAGUCGCCGUGCAUCUCCCACCACGCGCUCUACGACAGCCCCUACGCCGACCUCACCAACCCCGCCACGCCCAACCACGCCGCGCCCAACUACAUGACGCCCAACGUAAUGACACCCGGUGCUAUGACGCCCGGUGCCAUGACGCCCGGUGCGAUGACGCCCGGUGCCAUGACGCCGAAUGCCAUGACACCCAGUACCAUGACGCCGAACGCCAUGACGCCGAACGCCAAUACACCCAACGCCGCCACGCCUCUUCCUUCGUCGCCGAACGCGGGCGGGCGUCACCCAACCAUCGCGUCGCCCGGGGAGUUCCCGAAGGACGCGCUCACCUACGCCAUCACCCACUCCGCCUCCGACGCCAUCAACAUCGCCACCAACAAUGCCUUCAACACCUACAUCAGCACCACCCAGUUCUGA